GCGCAUUCAAACCCAUAUAUUAAGCUGGUGUCAUACAAGUCUGUUCAAUUGAUUUGCCUGCAGUUCUAAUCUAAUUAGUGCAAGUGCAACAUGUCUACGACAGCAAUAGCGAUCAUCGGCUCCAUAUCUGUGGGUGCGUACCUCAUGACGGUACGCAUGAUACCCCGUCUCCGUGAAAUGUUCAUAAAAGCGAAUUUGUGCGGCCGAGAUCUGUGCAAAAAGGACAAGCCACAGGUUCCCGAGUCCUAUGGCGUGAUUAUUGGAUGCGUUUUCUUGAUCUCAAUGUUUCUCUUUAUACCCAUACCAUUUACAUUUGAUAAAGAUGCCGCCACGGAUGCAGUUACUGGCGGUAAGCCGGUCACGUUUCCCCACGAUAAGUUUGUGGAACUAAUUGCCGCUUUGUUAUCAAUAUGCUGUAUGAUAUUUCUUGGCUUUGCCGACGAUGUACUCGACCUACGCUGGCGGCACAAACUUCUGCUGCCCACUAUAGCGACAUUGCCUCUGUUAAUGGUCUAUUAUGUCAACUAUAAUUCCACGACGGUCAUGAUGCCCAACUUUGCACGCGGACUUUUUGGUACAUCAGUUAAUAUUGGCAUAUUUUAUUACAUAUUCAUGGGCAGUCUGGCUGUAUUCUGUACAAAUGCUAUUAAUAUACUCGCUGGCAUCAAUGGCCUGGAGGUGGGUCAAUCAAUUAUCAUUGCCGGCUCAGUAUUGGUAUUCAAUCUAAUGGAACUUAGUCUGGGUCAUCAGGUGGAAUCACAUCAAUUUUCUCUCUACUUUAUGAUACCUUUUUUUGCUACAUCUUUAGCUCUAUGGAAAUUCAAUAGAUAUCCAGCACAGGUUUUUGUUGGCGAUACUUAUUGUUACUUUGCCGGCAUGUCCUUCGCUGUUGUUGGCAUUUUGGGUCAUUUUAGCAAAACGCUUUUGCUCUUCUUUCUGCCGCAGAUACUCAAUUUUUUGUACUCAACCCCGCAGCUGUUUCACUUUGUGCCCUGCCCGCGGCAUCGACUGCCCAAAUAUGAUGCCAAAACCGAUUUGUUGCACAUCAGCACAACGGAAUUUCGAUUGAACGAACUGGGUAGCCUGGGUCGAUUGAUGGCUAAAGUUCUUCGCACUUUCCAUCUGAUUAGCUGGCAGGAGCAGCCCGAUGGACGUGUGAUCACCAACAAUUUCACGCUUAUCAACUUUGUGUUGUUUAUCUUUGGACCGGUGCAUGAACGGAUUGCCACUCAAAUGUUGAUGUCCUUCCAGUUGUUGUGCACCUUAUUGGCCUUCUUCAUACGCUAUCCGCUGGCCAACUAUUUCUACACGCUGGAAACAUAGCAAGCGUUCGCCUAGCAUACAUGUCUAGAUAUAUAAAUUUAACAUAGUUUAUGUAAAUAUAGAACACAGUUCCCAAAACUAA